AGGUUGGCCUCGGCAGAUGUUAUUGAAUUUGGAGAAGAGUAUGAUGUGAAGAAAGAGUUGGAAGAGCUUAAGAAGACAAUUGAAUCUAUCAAUGAUGUGCUCCUUGACGCUGACGACAAACAAGAUCAAGUUCGUGUGCGUAAUUGGAUAUCUGACUUCAAGGAAGUACUCCAUGCUGCAGAUGAUUUCUUUGAUCACCUUGCUAUCGAAUUUAGGAAAGACAAAUUGGGUGCAGCUGAAGGAAAAGAAGUAAACAGGGUACUUCUUUCCAUUUCAUCGUCAAAUCAAUUUCCUUUAUACACUGAAAUGCCUGACAAAAUUAAACAAAUAGGAGAAAGUUUUAACGGUGUAGCAAAAGAAAUGAAGGAUUUAAAUUUGUGCCCAAGAUCUAUUAUGGUCAAGCAAACUGAUAGUGGAUGGAGGGAAACAUGUUCUUUUGUGUUAGAGACAGAUAUCAUUGGAAGAGAUGAUAGUAAAAAGGAGAUUAUCAGUCUGUUGAGACAACCUCAUGAAAACCAAAAAGUUUCGGUGAUUGCCAUUGUUGGCCUUGGUGGUUUGGGGAAGACAGCUCUUGCUCAAUUGGUGUAUAAUCACUUGGAAGUGCAGGAAUUUUUUGAAAUGCAAAUGUGGGUGUGUGUCUCUGAUGACUUUGAUGUAAAAACUAUUCUGAAGAAAAUAUUAGAAUCAAUUACUGGGGACCAAAUUGAAGUAUCAUUGGGCAACUUGCAAAGAAAACUUCAUGAAAAAAUAAGUGGUAAGAAAUAUUUGUUGGUCCUAGAUGACACUUGGAACGAUAGACAUGACAAAUGGGCUGAAUUGAGAAAGUACUUGAUGUGUGGCGCACAAGAUAGUAAGAUUUUAGUCACAACUCGAAGUGAAAAUGUAGCAAAGGCAAUGACUGCUAGCACUUCCUAUCCUUUGAAAGGUUUGACUGAACAAGAAUCUUGGAGUCUGUUGAAGAACAUUGCAUUUGAGGACGGUUCCAGAGGAGUCAAUCAAAAUCUAGAAUCAAUAGGGAAAAUAAUAGCCAGAAGAUGUAAAGGGGUUCCACUGUCAAUUAAAACCCUGGGAGGCCUGUUACGAGGACAAAACGAAGAAAGUGAAUGGAGGAAUGUUUUACGCGGUGACUUCUGGAAAUUAUGUGAAGAGCAAGACAGUAUCAUGCCAAUUCUAAAACUCAGUUACCGCAUUUAGUAUCCAUGUUUUUCUCUUCUAAAAGCCUGGUAUUUUAAGAUUUGUAAUUAAGGAAGAAAAUUUUCCUAUUAUAUCAUUAUUUUAAUAUUUGUAAUAUAGAUCUCCAGAUUAGUAAUUUAGGAUGGUAUGUAACUUGGUAAAUGAAAUAUAUAAAAGUAUUCAAUUCUAAAGAUAUGUUAUGAGCACUUGUAUCAUAAUUUGGCAUUUUUAGCUUUUUUUUUUGCACCAAAUUGUUCUUCAAAUCCCUGAAUCUAGCCCAAUUUUCUAAGAUUAUAAUAGUUGAGCUGUUGUUAAUAUAGCCAAAUUUUGCAUUGGGUCAUAUUGAACAUAACUCUUUUUAUUAUUCAUUUCAAGACUUGUUUGAGUUGGGUAAUGUGAAAAGUUUUGAUAAAAACUACUCUUUGGAAGGCAAAGUUGAAGAAAGUGGACCGGAUGCUGCUACCAAUGUGCUAUCGAGACUCUAUAAGAGAAAAUAUGCAGAAUUAUGGGGCCUCUUUUUGGGUCUUCAAAUGAUACCUUUCAAGGAGAUUCACACUAUAUAGGUGGAGAAUGACUUCAAGAAAGCUCUAUGCUAGUACUUUAAGUUUAACAACCUUCUUACCCCAUUUCGAUUUGAUCUGUAAUGUUAGGAAUUUGAUCAAAUUUAUUAGAUUUAUUCAUUUUACCCAUAUUUUUAGGAAGUGUUGUGCUGAUAAACUAGCUAAAAUAAGGUUAAAAGACACUUUACCUUUUCAUUAUUUUGAUAUAAUUGUCUCUCAGUUGCUUCCUUUUUUAUGUUUUGAUGGUUGUGGCAGUUGGAUUAGUAGGAUGCUUUUUUAAGUUUUGAUUUCUUUUAGACUUUUAACUUCAUUGUAUAUAUAAAGAAAAGUUUGUUAGAAAAUAUGUUAAAAAUAUUUCACCAAUAUCUUUUGAACUUGCCAUAAGCGAUUCCAUAUUUUGACAUAUAGCAGCUGAGAAUUUAAAACAACUCAUCAUAUAUGUUGGAAUGGACUGAGCCACUGAUUUUAAAAGUAGCUCCUUUCCAGCUUUAGAUAGAGUUUUCUCCUUCCAUCCAUUCAAUUUCUUUGACACUUGUUCUGGACUUUUGAGGAAACAAUAUUCUUAAGCUUUCCAAUCAUAGUUGGUAAACCAAGAUACUUGUCAUGGACUUCCACAACCUUCACUCCCAUCCUGCUUCCGAUUCUAUCUUUUAUCAAUAUAAAGAUAACUCUUUUUUUCCAUAUUGACUCUUUGUCCUGAAGCAUGUUUGACAAGAUGCACUCUGUCUCUUCUAUAUUGGCUCUUCCAAAAAGAGGUUCUCAUC